GGCAUCAACCUAACACAAAUAUCGGAUCUUGAAGCACCAAUGGUGGCGCGCGUCCCCUGUGCGUGAGAUUGCGUGAUGACGUUUGCGUUAGACGUCGGUGUGCCGCCAAGCGAGCGGUCGGGGUUGUGGAGAUGGUCGGCAUGGAAUGGAGUAAGGCGGUAAUGGGGGACACGGGACCUGACAAACUCGACAUGUCUUUGGAUGAUAUAAUUAAACUGAAUAAAAAGCAACGUAAUGUGAAGAAAUCUGUACCACAUAAAGGAAAGCAGAUAUUAAAUCGCUCUUCCUAUUCAACAAUGCAUCUGAAGCGGUCAAGCAGUUGGCGUGGAAUUCCACAACGAUCUGGAAAAGCUGUGAAUAGGCAGAUACCACUAGGUAGAAGAAAAGUUUCUGGACCACGGAGGAGGCGAUUUCAGGGUUUGAUAACUGGCCUGGCAGCAAGAAAGGCUUUGAUGCUACAGAAAUCGAUCAGCACACCAAACAGGUCAUCCCUAAGUCAUAAGCAGGCUGGACGGAGAACUCCACUCCUGAGAAGUGCAUCAGUUUUUGGGCCGAGUGAAGGACAGCAGAGAUUCAUGCCAUCAUUGAAGCAUUCAUUACAGUUAAAGAGGAAUUCCAUUCAGACCAAUUUUUCCAGGAUCCCUGCACAGACACAGCAAAAUAAAGAAGCACGGCAAGCAACUUUUCUUUUCAAAAGAGGCCUAAAGGUGCAUAUGCAAACUGAACAAGGGGUGAAAGGAACAUCAAUUAAGAGACAAACACAACAGUGGUCAUCCAAUUCUGGAGCUACAGCAAUUGAUCAAAGUCGAAUUCCUAGUACCAGCAGGGGUGUUUUGACUGUGUCCAUCCAGAACCCAUCUGCCAAAAACGCAGAUUCCCAGCAGUUCCGGAUCAGACGCCCCCCUUUGAUUCCGUUUGCAGUAAAAAAGGAAUUGACUGAAAAGAGAGAACCACCAAAAGGAGUGCCACUGGAAUUUGAUAUUAAUAGUGUUGGAAGACAGACUGGUAUCACUUUAAAUGAGCGAUUUGCAAUUCUGAAAGAACGGAGAAAAGCAGUGGCAUCAAGCAAAGGAGAACGCUUUGUGACUGUGGGAUAAAUGAGAUGACUGACAUUUGAUCUGGUGGAAUUCUUGGGAACUUGUUCACAUGCACUCUGAAGUGAUUUGAUGUCAAAAACAGACAUUAUACAUGUGGAUCUACUCGACUGUACUUUGAAGCUGAUUUUACAAUGACGUAAGAAGAAAUGGCAUUUGGAUUACAUUUUUAAACUUUGUUUUUGUCUGAGGAACAGCAGAUGGAGAUGGAAUUGAACAAACUUUUAAUUAUCACAUUGCAAAUAUGGAAUUUUGUUACUUUCAAGAAACACUUCAUUAGGUAAAAAUGUAAAUCCAGCACAUUUUUCCUAAAAUUUAGUAUUUUUGAAAACUUGUUGAAAUCUUGGACUAAGUUUUUUUUUAAAACAUUAAAGUUUACCUGUUUCACGGUUUUCCAAAAUAA